AACCCAGCAGCGAAACGUUCAGAGGGCAGAAAUUUUUUGAAGAGAAAAACAACUCAUCAUCUCAACAAUGGCAGCAUUUUCCAUAACCAAAAGCGUCAUUUUGACUCUCUCAAAAACCUUCCCCCAUCCCCCUUCUCUCUUUCCCGGUUCCCCCCACAAAGUCUCUCGGGUCUGCUUUGCAUCUGCCUCUAAACAUAACAAGGACCGAAAUGCGGAAGAGGAUAAAGAUUUCACUGAUGUGGCAAGAGAAACAACCAAGGAAGGUGUUGAAAGAGCAAGAGUACGCGCGGAGCAGGCAAGGGAGCAAUCGAAAGAAAUGAAAGAACAGGCUAAAGAAAGAGCAGAGGAAAUGAAAGAGAAGGCAAAAGGGUAUGCACACGAAAGUAAAGAAAGUGCAAAAGGGGUGACCCAAUCAGCAGCAGAGAAGACUAAAGAAGGUGCAUAUAAAGCUGCAGAGGCGGCAGAAAGAACGAAAGAGAAAACAAAAGAUUACGCUUAUGAUGCUAAAGAGAAGGCAAAAGAAGGGACAGAGAGUGUUGCAGAUACUGCAGACGAUGUGAAAGAGAAGGCUAAAGGUUACGCGGGUGUAGCCGCUGAUAAGGCGAGAGAUGGAACAAUUAAGGUGGUGGAAACAGUUGGGAGUGUAGGAGAGAAAGCGAAGGAGACGGUGAAGGGUGCAUGGGAUGCGGCUAAGGAUACUACGCAGAAGAUAAAGGAGACCGUGGUAGGGAAAGACAGCAGCAGCAGCAGCGACGAGGAAGAUUAUGAUAAAAGGGGAAAGGCGAUGGAUGGAGAUGUGGUGGAGUUGAGGAGGCGUGAUGGUGAAGGAAAUCAGAGUGAUGAUGCGAAGAAGAGAAAGGAUUAGUUAAGGACUUUUGGCUGAUGAUGGUUAUGUUCUCUCAGUUAACAUUGCCACUGCCAGUGAGAAAAUAAAUCGCAUGGGAGAGUUAGUUGUAUUAUGUUGUAAGGGAUAUAUAUUAAUUUCCCUGCUUUUGUUUCUUGAAGCGAUGCAUUAAGUUUUCAGAUAGUCUGCUGAAUCAAUGCAUACAAGUACUAGUGAACGUGGUGACCCCCAAAAUAAUAACAAAAUAAGUGUUUUAUA